AUGAUCUCCAGUCCAAGCGUGAAAGUCCCGAAAACCCUCAAGACCAAGUCCUCGAGAGAACAAAAUCUGAGAAAUUCCCGGUGCAGUGAAAUAUCUAUUAGGUCAUGGGCUAAGAACGCCCCGGAGGGGUUCAACCUCUUAAAAGAUGCUGUUAUCACUGCGAUUGGCUGUGAAAUUUGCGUUACUUUCUUUAAAAUUGAAACAAAAUCUAAAUUAAAAGACACUUUGAAAAGAUAUCAAGUGUUAGGAACAACUUGCAAAGCUUUAUAUACUGUCAAAGUUUUCCAAACAAAAAAAAAACUUUUAGAAGAAAAUAUAUCAUAA